UUCUUACUAACGGAGCAGCAUUUAAACUUGAAGCUAAAGAAGUUGCCAGUGUUGUCAAAGGGAGAGCAAAUAACAGCGGGGGAACGGAUUUGUUAAAGUUGUUUUUGCAUUUAUAUUUACCGGUUUAUGUUGUAAUUAAAUCUGUCCUUUUUCCGGGAUAUUGUACGCUCAAUUUUAGCAAGCCGUUUGCUAUAUUUGGUCAUCUGAAUGGUUGGUUUUGAUUUGAAUUACGUGGUUUGCGCGAAGGUAGAUGGUAGCUAACUAAUGUUAGUCGGCUAAAGUAAGAUAGCUAACAAAAAUAUUUUCAAAAUAUACGUUUAGCACUUUCUUUUAAUAACUUUUUUUAAACAACCCGUAUCGUAUUUUUUUCUGUCGUAAGCUGAAGCGCACCAUCGUAACGAGAUGAGUGCACCCACAACCAAGGCCGUGAAUCCCUCGGCGCAUGUCGACCCCAAAUCCGCACCUCUUAAAGAGAUUCCAGAUAUUCUUGUGGAUCCUCGGACUAUGAAAAGGUACAUGCGUGGGCGCUUUCUUGGCAAGGGAGGUUUUGCCAAAUGCUACGAAAUCACAGACAUGGACACUAAAGAAGUUUUCGCUGGUAAAGUCGUGCCUAAGUCAAUGAUUCUGAAGCCUCACCAGAGGGAGAAAAUGAGCUCUGAAAUUGCCAUCCACAAAAGUCUCGACAACCCACACGUCGUGGGGUUUCACGGAUUUUUCGAAGACGACGACUUCGUUUUUGUGGUUUUAGAGAUCUGCAGACGAAGGUCUCUGUUGGAGCUGCAUAAGCGUCGUAAAGCCGUGACGGAGCCAGAGGCGCGGUACUACAUGAUGCAGCUGGUAAAAGGCUGCCAGUACCUCCACAACAACCGGGUGAUUCACAGAGACCUGAAGCUGGGAAACAUCUUCCUCAACGAUGAAAUGGAUGUCAAGAUCGGGGACUUUGGCCUGGCCACUAAGAUAGAGUUUGAUGGUGAGCGUAAGAAGACCUUGUGUGGAACACCCAACUACAUCGCUCCGGAGGUGCUCUGUAAGAAAGGCCACAGCUUCGAGGUUGACAUUUGGUCUCUAGGCUGCAUCCUAUACACACUGCUGGUGGGCAAACCUCCUUUUGAGACGUCGUGUUUAAAGGAGACCUACAACCGAAUCAAAAAGAACAACUACACAAUCCCCUGGCACAUCAACCCCGUGGCGUCUUCCCUGAUCAAGCGGAUGUUGCAUGCGGACCCGGCCCAGCGCCCCUCCAUCUCCCAGCUGCAGACGGAUGAGUUCUUCACAGCAGGCUACAUCCCCCUUCGUCUCCCCACUACCUGCUUAACUGUCCCCCCUCGCUUCUCCAUCGCCCCCUCCUCUCUGGAGGCUACCCAGAGACGGCCACUCACGGCGCUCAACAACAAAGGGUCGGAGAAGGUGGAGCAGAAGGAGGAGCCACUUCAGCGGGAGAUUCCUGAGGCCACAGACUGUCACCUGAGUGACCUGCUCCUUCAACUCAACGCCUGCAACGCUGCCAAGCCCUCCGAAAGGCCCCUCGUCCGCAUGGAGGAGGCUGAAGAUCCAGCCUGCAUCCCAAUCUUCUGGAUCAGCAAGUGGGUCGACUACAGUGACAAAUAUGGGCUGGGUUACCAGUUAUGUGACAACAGUGUGGGCGUCCUGUUUAAUGACUACACCAGGAUGAUCAUGUACACUGAUGGCGACAGUCUUCAGUACAUCGACAAGACGGCUGCCGAGAGCUACCUGAGCGUUCGGUCGUACCCCCCGUCGCUGGCCAAGAAGAUCACGUUAUUGAAGUAUUUCCGUAACUACAUGUCGGAGCACCUCCUGAAGGCUGGUGCCAACAUCACGCCGCGCGACGGGGAUGAGCUGGCUCGGCUCCCGUACCUCAGCCACUGGUUCCGGACCAAGUCGGCCAUUGUCCUCCACCUCACCAAUGGAACCGUGCAGAUCAACUUCUUCCAGGACCACACAAAGUUAAUCCUGUGUCCACUAAUGGGAGCGGUUUCCUACAUUGAUGAGAAGAGAGAGUUUCGCACAUACAAGAUCUCUCUGAUUGAGGAGUUUGGCUGCUGCAAAGAGUUGGCCAGCCGGAUGAGAUACGCACGCAUGAUGGUCGAGAAACUCCUGGCGUGCAAAUCCUCUUCCGCACGCUAAAAUGCCAACCAAUCAACACUCCUGGCUCUAAGCCAAUCACAGGAAGGCAGUUGAUUCCGGAAGAAGGCAAUUCACUGAAACAAAGGUCUCAACUUCUCUAAGCUGGAAAGAUGCUCUUUAUUUCAUGUUUUUGAUCUUUGAAUUGUUUACACGUUUCCUGAAUUGACUGCCUUCAGUUUAAGUUGUCCUGGGUGAUGUAUUUGUCAACAAAUGAAACAUACUUCCUGCAUACCAUCAUAGGAAGUGUGUUACACCACUCUGGUUUUACCAGAAAUCUCAUGUAGUAAUUGAGUCUUAACUGUCAUUGGGUCUGUCGCCCAACCUGUUGGUCAUUGUCUGAAUUCAUGCUCCUUUCACCCUCAACUUAACCGGAGCCUUUUCCCCUCUGCCGCUCGGCCUCCUGGGCUAUUUCCCCUACAAUGUGCGUCUCAAUCUAUGGCUGUCUGCCUCUGCUAUAGGGAGUGGUUAGUAUGCCGGUGAGAUACUGACACUAUCAUGUAUGUUUCUGUUUUGCUUUCUCUAAGGUUUUUUCCUUUUAAGGGUUUUAAGUAAUUUUCAACAUGCCUUCCUCUCUGUAAAAAAAGAAAUUAAAUUCUGAAGGUUUACAGAAUGUUAAGAUGUUUUAAAGUUUAAUAUUGUACCAUGUCAAUAAAGUCUUGAAAGAUGUCUGAGUAGUUGGUUUGCUCUGGGUGUUAUGGCUGGGGGACGGAAUUACCUGCAACACUUUCCUUUGUACUCUUCCAAUUUGCUGAAAUAUUUUUCACUGAUUUAUUGUUCCAGUACAAACCAAUCCUGUAUUUUUUUAACUUUAAUGUGAGAUGCUGUCUUUUGCUGCAAAUUUGCCUUGUAAAUAAAGACUUACACAUGGA